AGGAACCGAAAGAGAAAGCGGGCUGUGCUUGGAGGACCUCGGGCGCCGGAAUGAAGCCACGGUGGGCGAGCCUCUUGCUGCUGUGCUGCUGCUGUCUGGGCCACGGGGUCGCCAGGACCUGGCCGCGGAGCCACCAGCGGGAGGCGGCCGCCUUGCGGGAAAGUCUUAAUAGACAUCGAUAUUUGAACUCUUUCUUUCAUGAAAACUCUACUGCCUUCUAUGGAAUAAAUCAGUUUUCUUAUUUGUUUCCUGAAGAGUUCAAAGCUCUGUAUUUAGGCAGCAAGCCUGCCUGGUCUCUCAGAUACCCGGCAGCAGGGCAGACACCCAUCCCCAACGUGUCUUUGCCAUUGAGAUUUGACUGGAGGGACAAGCAUGUUGUGAACCAAGUGAGAAACCAGAAGAUGUGUGGAGGAUGCUGGGCCUUCAGUGUGGUGGGUGCAAUAGAGUCGGCUUGUGCAAUCCAAGGAAAACCUCUGGACUACCUCAGCGUGCAGCAGGUCAUCGACUGCUCCUUUAAUAAUUAUGGCUGCAGCGGUGGCUCUCCUCUCAGUGCCUUGAUCUGGCUAAACAAGACACAGAUGAAGUUGGUGGAAGAUUCAGAAUACCCGUUCAAGGCAGAAAAUGGCCUGUGUCGCUACUUUCCCAGAUCACAGUCUGGAGUUUCAAUCAAAAAUUUUUCUGCAUAUGACUUCAGUGACCAAGAAGAUGAAAUGGCAAAAGCACUUCUGAACUUCGGCCCUUUGGUGGUGAUAGUUGAUGCAGUGAGCUGGCAGGAUUACCUGGGGGGCAUAAUCCAGCAUCACUGCUCCAGUGGGGAGGCGAACCAUGCAGUUCUCAUCACAGGAUUUGAUAAAACAGGAAAUACUCCAUAUUGGAUGGUGCGAAAUUCAUGGGGCAACUCCUGGGGAAUAGAAGGCUAUGCCCACGUGAAAAUGGGAGGUAAUGUUUGUGACCCUUCAGACUGUGAGAAAGAUCAAGAGCAACAGCAAAAUUUGAGAGUAGGUGUUUUGCUGCAAUCUAGUGACUGCUGCUCACUUACUCCACAGCAUCGAGUCAAUGAAAAUCAAUAACUAACCUGUGCUAUUAGACAGUGAAAUCGUUCCCCUGUUAGAAAGAGCCACCGUCCCAGAGCACAACCAGCCACCCAGGCCUGUGCUGCUCAGUAGUUCAUGGGACUUUUGUGUCACUGGGGCUCACAGAUGGGAGGCUACUAAGCGUGCCCCUCUGCUACUGACUCUCACAGUCUCUCAACGUGGCAGUGAGGUGUGGCUAGUUUGUGCUGAAAACGAACUGUGUUCAAAGCUCUGACCAUGAAUCUGGGGCCUGGGGAUUCCAAUGGACACAAUGCAGAUGCUGGUUCAUAAUUGCCUUGAUUAUGGCUUUGCAUUUCACGAUGGCCUUUUCCAGCCUUCCAGACAUUCUCUCCCCUUUAUGUGCUUUCACAGUCUGAGUGUCCAGAGCCUUCCUGGUUACUGACUGUCCUGGGAUUCAAGUCCUUCCUGACCAUAUUUGCUGAACAUUUGCAUACCCAGUGUUGUCCACAUGAUUCUAGUGAACAAUGGCAAAAGACAGAGACUGCUCCAUGAUCCAAGGAAAUUUCAAGAUUAUGGGUCAUUGAAAUGAAAUCUAGUUUUCAAAUGGGCUGUUAAAACUUUUACCGUGGUGACAAGUUCUAGAUUCUGAUGUAAUAAAAAAGCCUAACACACUUGGGACUCAUUAAUAUGUAGUAAACUUCAAAUAUAAGAGUUUAAGUUUUUAAACAUUUUAAAGUAAGUUCUAUAAGUCAUUUUUCCCCUUAAGAAACACAGGUCAGUGUGGUACAGAUCUUAGAGACACUCAUUUAUUCAGCUAGCAAGUAGUUUUGGGUUUGGUUUUUUUUGGGACAAAAAUCUUAAGUAUCUCUUCUCUUCUAGUGUUUGCCUUUAAGCUUGCCUUGCUUUUACUGACAGCUAAGUAUAACCAUUAAAUUAUUUUGUUAAUGAAUACUAACUCAAUCUAAACAUAAGUGAAAAUUAAAUUUUGAGACACAAAUCAUAUAGAGAAAAUUGAUUGCUAUUAAUACCUUUUUUUCCCUCUUUUACAUUUUGUCUUAGGUAUAGCAGACUCUGUCUCCGUUGUCUUUGUGUGAUCAUGCCAUGUUUUGGAGUCAUCAUGAUACAACUAUGAAAAUGAUGCUCUUCAUGAUAUGAUCUAAUAUAAUACUUAAUUCUAAGCAUUAUUCACUGACAAGUUUCAACAACUGCCUACAAGAAGUUCUAAGAGUAAGCUAGCAUUAUUUUCAACAAUGACUGAUCACCCCAUUCUUGCAGAGAGAUGGACAACCAAAGUUCAUAGAAAUUCCCCAAUCCCCAGCACAUGGGCCUGCAAGGAAAUCUGGAACAGUGUGGAACUCUGAGAGCUUGGUGGGAUCAGAGGUCACAUCAAGCCCUCCAUCUGGAAGCAGUUGGGAUUUUCGCUUGCUUUUUGUCUUUCUGGCUGUUUAUUUUUCUUUUUUCUUUUUUUUUUUUUCUU